ACGGCCAUAGAAAUCGACCGAGCGAAUCCCUCGCAUCGCAUUCGCAGCCUUUGCUGCAUCACACCACCGCGAAACCCCAGCAGCCGCAUCGAUGGCGCCCAAGGCGGAGAAGAAGCCGGCUGCGAAGAAGCCAGCGGAGGAGGAGCCCGCUGCCGCGAAGGCCCCGGCGGGGAAGAAGCCCAAGGCCGAGAAGCGCCUCCCGGCGGCCAAGUCGUCCGGCAAAGAAGGCGGCGACAAGAAGGGUAAGAAGAAGGCGAAGAAGUCGGUGGAGACCUACAAGAUCUACAUCUUCAAGGUGCUGAAGCAGGUCCACCCCGACAUCGGCAUCUCUUCCAAGGCCAUGUCCAUCAUGAACUCCUUCAUCAACGACAUCUUCGAGAAGCUCGCCGGCGAGGCUGCCAAGCUUGCGCGCUACAACAAGAAGCCCACCAUCACCUCUCGGGAGAUUCAAACCUCUGUCCGCCUUGUCCUUCCCGGCGAGCUCGCCAAGCACGCGGUCUCCGAGGGCACCAAGGCCGUCACUAAGUUCACAUCAUCUUAGAUUUGAGGUAGUAGCUAUUGGGUGGCGUUGGUAGUUGUGUCUCAAUUUGUCUGCUACUAAUAGUGGUAGGAGUAUCCAUGUGUAGUUGGGUUGUGGUAAGAAUUGUGUUAAACUGGUAAUACGUUUGAAAUUGCUUUUUAUGGAUGUGGAAUAGUUGUGUGUUGCUUGUUCUAC